AAAUGUCUUUCCUCCAGGAUCCAAGCUUCUUCACCAUGGGAAUGUGGUCCAUUGGUGCGGGGGCCAUAGGGGCUGCUGCCUUGGCACUGCUCCUGGCCAACACAGACGUAUUUCUGCCCAAGCCCCAGAAAGCCACGCUGGAGUAUCUGGAGGAUAUAGACCUGAAAACACUGGAGAAGGAACCAGUGACUUUUAAAGCAAAGGCGCUCUGGGAAAAUAAUGGAGCUGUGAUUAUGGCUGUGCGGAGGCCAGGCUGUUUCCUCUGUCGAGAGGAGGCUGCAGGCCUGUCCUCCCUGAAGCCCAAGUUGGACGAGCUGGGCAUCCCCCUCUACGCAGUGGUAAAGGAGCACGUCAAGACUGAAGUGAAGGACUUCCAGCCUUAUUUCAAAGGAGAAAUCUUCCUGGAUGAAAAGAAGGAGUUCUAUGGUCCGGAAAGGCGGAAGAUGGUGCUCAUGGGAUUUGUCCGUCUGGGCGUCUGGUACAGCUUCUUCCGGGCCCGGAGUGGAGGCUUUUCUGGAAACCUGGAAGGCGAGGGCUUCAUCCUUGGGGGAGUUUUUGUGGUGGGACCAGGAAAGCAGGGCAUUCUUCUGGAGCACCGAGAAAAAGAAUUUGGAGACAAAGUAAACCUAGUUUCUGUUCUGGAAGCUGCUAGGAAGAUCAAACCACAGACUUCAGCCUCAGAGAAGAAAUGAUUGUGUGAAACUGCCCAGCUCAGGGAUAACUAGGGCUCUCACCUGUGUUCAUGGGAUGUGUUGUGUUUCCACUGCUGUCCCUAAGGAGUUAGAAACCCAUUUAUGCCAUAGUCUCAGUAUAGACAAUUAACAUAUUUUAAUAUUGUACUCUGUUUAGGCCUAAUAAGGCAAAAUAACCCCCAAACAAGACUGAUAACAAUCUAAAAAGCUAAUUAAUAAGGCUUAUUUCAGCUAAAACCUGGAAAAUCUGAGGCUUAAAGUUGACUGCUA